AAAGGUGCAUUACUGAGAUGGUUGAAAAUGUAAAUGAGCAGCAAACUGUAACGUUAAAAGGUGCACCUGUGUUUAGUGUGGCUCUUGAUGAGAGUGGAUAUGAAUGACAUUCCACGUCUGGCAGAUCCACGUAUCUAUGUGAACAGAUCUUUAAACACACGAAGUCAACCCUGAGCCCCUCACUCAGCCGGCUGACAACGGACCGCUCCGACGUCUGUGUGCAGCUCAGCCUCCAAAUAUAGCCCAGAUAUUACGGGGCUCGGCAAAGGAAAGCGGGGACAAGGAUCGCACUAAAUCGGAACUGGCUAAAUAUGAAGAAAUGGAAGGCCAAGUGAAACUGACUGAGGAAAAUCUGCUCGAGGAUGGAUUCGGUGACAACCCAUUAUACCACUGCGUCAUGGCAGAAGUCCCCAGUGAGCCGCAGAGCAACAAUGGUCCUGUGGUGAUUGGGUUUGCUAUGUACUACUUCACCUAUGACCCCUGGAUCGGCAAGCUGCUCUACCUGGAAGACUUCUUUGUCAUGGAAAAGUACAGGGAGAAUGGCAUCGGCUCAGAGAUCCUCAAGCUCCUCAGUGACAUGGCAUUCGAGACUCGCUGCAACAGCAUGCACUUUGUCGUCGCCAACAACAACAAGAAGUCAAUAGAGUUCUACAAGCGUCGUGGGGCGGCCGACAUAACUCAGGAUGAGGGAUGGAGACUCUUCAAGAUCAACAAGAGCUCCCUCUUCAAGAUGUCCUCCGGCUCCAAAGAGUGAGCUGGCCCCAAGACACAUAGAAAGAUGGGGACAAGAGUGACAGACUUGGUCAAUUUAUAUUACUUAAUUAUUUGCCUGUCUUUCACUUCAGCGGUGGGGGGGGUGUGACUUCUGACAGUAGAUUAUUAUUAAAAGGGGCAUUAAACAUGUGUGUGCACCAACUUUCUCAAUCUAGUCACUCAUUUAGGUCACGUAUUUUAUCUGAAAACAUCGUUUUAGUAGUUGUAGUUUUUAAUCAACACACCUUAGGAUUCCUAGCAUUCUCUGUUUAAUUUAUUGACCAAUAUAUUUUACUAUUCUAUAAUAGUGAUUUAUUUUAAAAUUAUUUUUCUCUGUAGUUUGAUUGUGUUUGUUUGUGGUUAUUAUGUUCUAUGGUGACUGAUUUCUGUGGGGCUAGGAGGGAAGUGGGGUGAGUUCAUUGCUUUACAAUGAAAUCCCUCCCCGUCAUCCUCCGUCUCUCGUGGGAGUAAUUUCAGAAUGGUGACGUCAUCAAGAUACUUAAAUAACAGCCUUGUCCUCUUUCUCCUCCAUCUCUCUUGUCCCCUCUGUCAUAUCUUCUCUUUGUAGAAGGGGGAUGUGUGGUCUGUUAUAACAGUCUAUGGAGAGCAGAGGAGUGGAACACUGUUAGUUACUGCACUGACCUUGGAAAGGCGCCAAACUGUCACAGUAUCUAAUGCUCAGACACACACACAUCUUAGUCAGAUCUAGCAGAAACCAGGGACGUAGAAAUCAGUGGGAUGUCUGGUGUUCACUGACUGUAUUUUGAACAUUCACUGCAGCAAUGCCUAAACAACAAACACAUCCAGAACCCAACCCUGUAGUGGCCCAGUAGAGUUUGGAUAAUAUUAAAAACACUGUCUCCUGUCCUGUCCUGUCCUCUCCUCCCCCAACCCCUUGCCCAGGCAGAGACAGAUCCUCUGUGUGCUAGGAAGUGCGGAGAGUAUAAGGGAGUUGAGAAAAGACAGCAUCCUUUAUCCCCAGACAGGCCAUAAUAUUUUCAUUCUAGACUCCCAUGAGCCUCGCUGAACUUCAAAACUGACUUGUUUAUGUCCAGAGCUCUAAACGGUGCCCCGUUACUGACUAACCAUUGGCAUUUAUUUAAAGACACACCAAGGAGAUUAACUUUUUCAUUUAUAGAAGAACCUUGGUAACCUUCUAUUCUUAGCACACACAGGUGUUCAUCACUCUGUUGUACAAAUAGACACAUAAUCAUGACCCCAGUGAGUCACAACCCCCACCACAUAAUGGUCAAGGUCAAGGGUCAAGUUACACCCAGAGACACUCCCACCCCCACCUCUGUACCCACUUGCCUAUCCCACAGUAAGUGUUGGUCGAGGAGUUGGCUAAAGCACGUCAAGAUGUGGGACCAGGCCAAAUAGUAACUUUCCAUGUUUUUCUAUGGUUAAAUGUAUAACCAUACCAGUCAAGUUUGGACACACCUACUCAUUCCAGGGUUUCUUUAUUUUUACUAUUUUCUACAAUAAUAGUGAAGACAUCAAAACUAUGAAAUAACACAUGGAAUCAUGUCCA